CUUCCUCACCCCUUGCUCUUCCCCAUGUCGAACGUGAAUCUUGACGACCUCAACGAGUCUUCAUUCUAUAUACCUUUCGAGGGAGAAGACGAGGCUCUCAGUGAGAGACUGCCUGCAGAGGCUACAGACCAAUCGUCCGAGAAAGCCCUUUCUGCACGAAUAAGCGAAUACAGACGCGUGUGGGAUACGUGCUUGACGCGAAUACGGGCGAUCGUAGAUUCGCUUUACGAACCGGUCAUUGAAUCUGUCGCUGAUGAGAUCGUCCAUGCAGAUGACAAUGUUCUCCCUGGGCUACCAUACCCCGAAAUCCCUGUCGUAUGCCUCACAAAUUGCACAGGCACCUCGUCCUUUAUAUCUCAGCUCAACACCCGUUUCGAAAGGUCAGGCGCGGCUGUCAUAAACCUGAACCCAGAGGCUUGCUCGAGCAUCACACUCUGCAUGAAGGCGCUUGUGUCAGGCUUCACUGAACAUCCAAGUCUCUACGACCGAGUCCCAAAACUCAAGCGCCGCGGCAAUAGUCUGGCCGCAUACGACCUGAGUCUCUUAGCCGCCUGGCACCGCGAGGUUUCCGACGUACAGUUGGUCGCGGUACUCAGCGACUUCGAGGACUUUGACCCGAACAUCGUGUGUCACAUGUUCGAGAUCUGCAGUCUCUACGCCUCGCAGCUGCCUUUGACAUUCGUGCUCGCGUGCGCCUCGCCACCUGCUCCGUCGUACAUGCACUCGACCUUCCCGCGUUCUGUGCUCGCCCUUCUGCGCCUGCGCAGUAUAGACUUUCCGUCUGGUCCUUCGGUCGUGGGCGAGAUAGUGGACGGGACCUUCUUCGACACCGAAGUGGACUCCCUCAUACCUGGUCCAGCUACGCUUGACUUCCUUGCCGACUACACCUCGAGACACGUCGCAAGCGUAGACACCGUUGUAUCCAUACUUCAGCUCUCCUUCCUAAAGCACUUCGCCACUGAGCCUCUGUCCGUCCUCGUCGCCGUGCCCUCUGAGCCGGCGCAUACGAAGAUGAAGGACCCACCGCUGAACGUGGAAUCUAACAGCGAGGACUUCGACGAGAUUGCGCUCAAUACCAAGACGGGGUUGCGCCUGGCGCGAGCAGCGAAUACGAAAUUGAUCUCGCAGGGGCAUCGUGGGCUACCUUGGGAGUCGAAUAUCCUCCCCAUCCUCUGUGGUGCCCUCCGCGGGCAGCUGCCGCCGGAUUUCAAGCAUCUUGUUCGGAUGGUCAAGCUCUUAGAUAUAAAUCAGCUUUACGAUCUGGCGGACGACUUGCUACGUCAACUGCCGGAGUCGAUGGAAACCCUACGCGAUGGCAUUCACGAGCACGUACGCAACACGCUCGCGGCAAUUGAGGGCAAAGAGGGGCCAGAAGCAUGUAGGGAACUGGCGGCGGAGUUCAGCGAAUUCUUCGCCGCGAUGAUCAAGCAACUAUUGUCGAGGCAGCUACAUGAAGUGGAUUUGUCGAGAAUCUGGUACACGAACGAAGCACCUUUUCCUUCAGAGCUCCUCAAUCCCAACGUGCGCGCAUCUGUCAUCUCUGCACUUGUGCAGCCGCACGCUUUCACGGAGGAUCCGCCACAAAGAGUCACGAACGACGAAGACGACGAGGAGCCCUUGUGGAUGCUCCCUGACACCGCAAUAGUGUUCGCGCGCUACCUCGACAGCGGGCGGAUGAUCAAUGUCUACGACUGGUUUGAAGCCUUCCGCGCCGUUCUGGACGCGCAGAGGGAGGAGCGCGCGCAGACGCUAGCCGAUGGUGAGGGAGCUGAUGGUGCGAAAGGCAAAAGUCCGCGAAAGAAUAAGAAGAGGAAGAAAGCUACCGCGGACGAUGGAAUCGACGAAGAGAGUUGGGCACUUGAGGUGCAGGCACGCUUUGUGCGCGCGCUCCACGAGCUGGAUUACAUGGGAUUCUUGAAGCACACGGGGAGGAAGGCGGACCACGUAGUGAAAAUGUCGUUCGAUGUGGUCGACGACUAAUUCCGAUGAGCUUUCGAUUUCGAGAUGACCUGCUUUGGCGAGCCGGUGUAUCUGUCUGCCAUAUCGUAUGCGCUGAAGUUUUUCUACUCGGGG